AUUCAUCCUCACAUCACAUACAGUUGAUUACCUCUAAAGUGUAACAUUCAAUCAAAAUGAGGUGCUUAUGGGUCGCAAUUAGCGUCCUGGUCGCGGUGGGCGUAUCACUUGCAGUGCCUGUAAACGUAAAUAAAACCAAUGUGACAACUCGCGCCGAUGCUGGCAACCCAGAUUGGUGGAAAACCGCCGUUUUCUAUCAAAUUUAUCCAAGGAGUUUCAUGGAUUCAGAUAACAACGGCGUAGGAGACCUGCAAGGAGUCAUCAGCAAAUUGGACCACCUGGUCAAAUUGGGCGUCACAGCCCUGUGGUUAUCUCCAAUCUACAAGUCUCCAAUGAACGACGCGGGCUAUGACGUCUCCGACUUCAGGGCUAUCGAUGAAAAAUUCGGAACCAUGGAAGAUUUCGAUGAAUUAGUCACCAAGGCUCACGAAUUGGGCCUGAAAGUCGUCUUGGACUUUGUACCCAACCACACAAGCGAUGAACAUGAAUGGUUCAAAAAAGCAUUAGCAGGAGAAGAGAAAUAUAGAGAUUAUUAUGUCUGGGCUGACGGUUUAGAUAGUGGUGCCAAACCACCAUGCAACUGGAUCAGUUACUUCCAUGGACCAGCCUGGACCAAACCCGCCGGAGAAGACACACAGUAUUACCUCCAUCAGUUCCACGCGUCUCAACCAGAUUUGAACUACCGUAAUGCUGACGUGAAACAGGAAAUGAAAGACGUGCUCACUUUCUGGUUAGAUAAGAAUGUCGAUGGUUUCCGGACUAGAACCCUGCAUGAAGGUGAUUUACUGGUGAAUUCUUUAAAAGAAAAGAAAGUACUGAAUGUCAUUCGAUAUUUAACUAAUGACGCUGGCAUUCCGUACAGAGCAAGCUUCCUGCUUAUGAACACUGCCAAUAGUGAUGUGGUCAUCAACUUAGCAGAUGAUGUUAAUCCACCUGUCUUACCAAAUCUAUUACUGAUACAAGCUGCAAGCAGAAACUCCGAAUGGGCCGUUAAUAGUAUUGUUUCAUCACACGAGCCACUAACACUCAAACCAUACGAAAGCCUCAUCAUCGGUUAUUAA